AUGGCACAGCCUGAGGACAAUACCGACCAUAUCCACAUGUUCACCGAGGUGGAGGAUCUGCUCGGCUUAGAUGUAUCCUCCGAGGCCUCCAUUGCGAUCCUACUUCUCGAGAAUGUGGAUUAUCCCGAGCUUAUUGCCGAUGAGUGGGCGCUGGCCCUGCAGAUCUUGCAGAAGGUCUGGCGGGACCGCCGUCUCAAAUUCCCAGCGCUUAACAGCAGGCAACUGGGUGGCGUUCUCGUUGCCCGGGGAUGUAUACGCAUGUUCAUCGAGGGCCCCGUGGGAAGUGGGGACUGUGGCCAGCCGCUGUGCUGGGAGUACGAGGGUGUAGAUAGGUUUGUUGAAAUGCAUCUGGAAGAGAAUUAUCAGGAAUUCCAAGAUGCUUUUGAAGCAUUCUUCGAUGAUUGUGGUGAUGGGAUCGAGACUGAGGCCGAGGCCGAGGCUGGGAGUUGA